CUAACUGCCUUCAUUCUUUUCUGUAGGUUGAGUUGGCCCUGUGGGAUACUGCAGGACAAGAAGAUUAUGAUCGACUUAGGCCUCUGUCAUAUCCAGACACCGAUGUUAUACUUAUGUGUUUUUCAAUUGAUAGUCCUGAUAGUUUAGAAAACAUACCAGAGAAGUGGACCCCAGAGGUGAAACAUUUCUGCCCCAAUGUGCCUAUCAUCCUGGUAGGAAACAAGAAGGACUUAAGAAAUGAUGAGCACACACGACGGGAGCUGGCCAAAAUGAAGCAGGAGCCAGUCAAACCUGAAGAAGGCAGAGACAUGGCAAACCGCAUUGGUGCAUUCGGGUACAUGGAGUGCUCUGCAAAGACCAAAGACGGUGUGAGGGAGGUUUUUGAAAUGGCCACUAGAGCUGCUUUGCAAGCCCGGCGUGGCAAGAAAAAAUCUGGCUGCCUUCUCUUGUAAAGCAUGGCCAAGGGAAGACGGCCCAGGCAGCACCCUGCACUUGAUUAAUUUUGAAGUGCUGUUUAUUAAUCUUAGUGUAUGAUUACUGGCCUUUUUCAUUUAUCUAUAAUAAUUUACUUAAGAGAUUUAAAAAUCAAAUCAUCUUGCUACCAAUAUUUAGAAGCCAACUAUGAUUUUUAUAACAGUCUGCAUCAAAUUCAUCUGUGCACACAAGUAACGUCAACAUUCCUUUAACAAAUGUCUGCACGUGCAGGAUGUGCCAGGCACUAAUUGAAGACAAUUCUCUAACUUCUUGCUUCUUUCUAGAAAGAGGAAAAAGCUGGUAACCCUGAGAAUUGGGCUGUAACUAUUUUAUAACUAGUGUACCUUCAAAUUGGGUACAAGAGCUACAUGGCUGUAUGUGGAGUCCAGAAUAACGCCAGUGCUUUCACAUUUUAGGAAGAUUUGUUUUUUCAUGGCUGCAUUGGGUGUAAAACGAUAUUUUGAAACUGUGACCACCCUGAAAUAACAGAUCCCAUCUAGCUAUGAAAAGUGACAGUUCUGUAGUUUCGUGUUAGUUACCUUUUAGUUACCAUUUAAUUAGUGCCACUUAAAUGUAUGGUACCAAAAAUAAAUCUAUAUGCCCCAGCCGCAGUGUAGUAUUUUUUUGUAUAAUUGGAUUUCCUACUACUGUUACUUGUAAUCCCUGAGUAAGGUUUUUCUGUUUUUGUUUGUUUUGUUUUUGUUUUUGUUUUUGUUUUGUUUGUUUUUUAAGAAAGUUUAUUUGAAAAUAAAGGUGAGUGGAAAGCAGCUGAUUCCUCCCCCACCUCCCUGUUUGUUUGUAAGUGUCUGACCCAUUUGUAUGGUAUAAAUUCUAAUCUCUGCACCCAGGAAGAGGUUUUUUCUGUGAUCUUCCAGCACCUGCCUUAGGAGCCAGGAAAAGGCAGCCUAUUCACACUCAAGGCAACUGAACAUUUCAGAAGCUUUAAGUUAACCUGCUGGACUCAGCUCAAGGCUAUAAAAAUGCAAGUUCUUUAUGUAUUGGUUACCACCUGGUGGCCAAACUCCCAUCUGUGAACUUCUUGCUGAUCUGCAGCCAACUAAACUCUUCUUUUCUGUAUUAUUUCUUUUUUCCAACAACUAAUAGAAUAAAGGCAGUUUUCUAAGC